AUAGAGAGGUAGAGCUACUAAUAGUUUUUUUGCCUAAGAAUAAUGUUAAAUACUCCACUUUCAAAAUUUGUAGCUCCGAAGGAUUCAUUCUUGAUGUGGUUCGGUCUUUAGCUGUAAUUACAGACUUUUUUGGUAAAAAAAUAUUGUCCUUUUCUCUAAAGGGCGGUUUGGGUACCACGGUCCUCUUGGUGGUGGUCAUAUGCACUGAUUAUCCUGUUGAAGUCAUCUAAAAAGGAUUACGCUUUCUCUGGUUUGAGAAGAAUUUUCCCAGAUUUCGUCGUUAGAGGACAGUUCGUUUGGCCAAUCGGUUCGGCUGAAGGAUGAUAUAAAUCGCGAGUUUUGGUGUUAAGCAGCAGUGAGUCGUUCGUCAUCUUCGUCAUUCUUUGGAGUUUUUGCUUCAAGUUUGUCUGCAAAGAACCAAUUUCUGCCACUGUUUCCAAAGACUUUAGUCUGCUUCACAGCUAGCAUAAAUGUCGGGAAAAGCUCUUCGGGAUCACAAUGCAUCACCUUUGUUGGACAGAAAAGCUGGCAGUUCUAGUAAAGGAAGCAUUGGAAAGUCUUUAAGUGGGAACAAUAAUGAAAAUAUUGACAUGCAGAGCUCAAACAAUUCAAAUCAGGAUCCUGCUGCUGCUAAAACUUUUUCUGGAGCAGCUAAACUCAUGGAUGCAGUACCAGAGGUAGUCUGUCCUGAAAUUGAGUAUCUUGAGUCUGAGAACUUGAAUGAUCUUGAAGACGUGGAUGCUCAUCUUGCUACAUUGUUAGAAAGACUCGACUCUAAGGACUGGGUUAUGGUUUGUGAGGCAUUAACUCAUGUGCGGCAACUAUCAAUCUUUCAUAAGGAGGCCAUGCUUCCAAUAUUGGCCAAUGAAAUCACCUUGAUAGUCAAAUCGGUGAAGAAUCCAAGAAGUGCUCUUUGUAAAACUGCAAUUAUGGCAUCAUCGGACCUUUUCAAAGCAUAUCAGGAUCAGAUGAUUGAUUAUCUUGAUCCUCUGCUUUUACAACUUUUUUUGAGGGCUUGUCAAGACAAGCGGUUUGUAGCUGAAGCAGCUGAAAAAGCAGUGAUUACGAUGACUAUGUGUAUUUCUCCUAAUCUAUUGGUGCAUAAGUUGCAACCUUAUGUUAAACAUAAAAAUCCACGGAUUCGAGCAAAGGCAUCUAUGUGUAUAUCCAGGAGUGUUCAGAGGCUGGGUCUGGAGGGAAUCAGAGACUAUGGCUUAGACACGUUACUCCAAAUAGCUGCCUCACAACUAAGCGAUCAACUUCCUGAAGCACGCGAGGCAGCUCGCACACUUGCUCUGGAGCUUCGAGCUGUAUAUGACAAAUUUGUUUUUAAUCAUGAAGCACAAGAAGUGGCAGAGCCAAUGCCCAAAAAUGAUGCCUGGGAUCAGUUUUGUAAGUCAAAGCUUUCUGCUAGCAAUGCGCUAGCUGUUAUCCGUGUCACAUCUGCUACAACAUGAUCCAUCUGCAAGAUCUCAUUUUCUUUUCCCAGCAACUGUGAUCAUGUCCAUUUACCAAAAAAUGGUCUAAAACAUGAUUGAACUUACUGGAUGCAUAAGAACCAUUCACUUAUUAUGUUGACAUUUCUGUUGGGAAGGAUUUGGGGCUUUAGUCAAAUGACUUUUAUGACUUGAACGUACAGUCAAAUGAGCAAAAUGCUAAGGAUCAAUGCUUUCAGCUUUGAAGUCAGCUUUGAAGUACCUAUCCCACUCUGUAUGAGUUGACACCAUCACCUAGCUUGGUGCUGGAGCGUUCAAUCUUUAUAUUUCUUGCUGAUGUAUUCUUGUAUUUAAGCAACUGAUGAGGUGAAGAGAUAGGUUUCUAGCAUGUAAGCUACUGCUUUUGAGAUGCUACCAAUUUUAAAAUAUGUUUUUGUAGAGUGCAUAUUGACAAGUAGAAGCCUCUCUGAUGAUCAUGAGCAUCAACAUCUACUACAUCUUAGCCUGAAUAAUGUUUAGCACAACUACUUAUUCUACUCAGUUGUGAUGUUGCUGUAUUUGGUAUAUUUGGAGAAACUUGCAGCACUAUCUAUAAGCUUUUUUCUUUACGAAGAUUGUAUUUGAGAUGCCAAAUUUGAAAUUUUUUAUAAGAGAGCUACAACAAUUGGAUACUUUUUAAAA